AAAUUUUGCGCAGUCCCACAAACUGCCUGUGGAUUCAAUUUCCAUAAGUAACCUCUUCAAAGACUCAUCUGAGAACCUUGAAAUGAGCAUACAAGUCUUCCCAUCUGGUCAAAAUUGUUUUAAUCGAACAGGAAUUUCUAACAUUGGGUUUGUGCUACAUCUAAGCCUCCAGAUAAAUUUGGACUCUUCUAUUUUAAGGCUAUGCCAUAUGGACCCUUUUCAAGUAACUUCCAAUUUGCAUUCUAUAUUAAAAAGUAAUGCUUGCAAUAUUUGCCUUUUCUUAUUGUGAUGCAUCUCUUAAAAAAGAAAUUGAUACAAUGCUAGCUUCAUCUUAAUAUUACCUCUCUCUCUCUCUCUCUCUCUCUCUCUCUCUCUCAUGUGCAUCAUUUAGAGGAAUACACAGAGUCAAAUAAGCAGUCAAGCAUAGGCAUUAUUAUUGGAGCAACAAUUGGUGGCACUGUCCUGUUGCUUCUAUUACUCUUAGCAGGGUUUUAUGCUUUCCACCGAAAAAGAAGGGCAGAAAGAGUUCCUGAUCAAUUACACCCUUUUGUAAGGGAUAUAAUCACUUUCACACCAUACAAAUGCAGCACGCUAGGAUCCAAAUAAUGGCAGUGGUGGCAUUCCUCAGUUGAAAGGAGCAAGAUGUUUCUCUUUUGAAGAGCUUAAGAAGCACGCCAACAAGUUUUCUGAAGAAACUUCUAUUGGAUCUGGGGAUUAUGGAAAGGUUUAUCUGGGGACUCUUCCCACUGGUCAACUGAUUGCCAUCAAACAAGCUCAGAAAGCAUCAAUGCAGGGUGGCCUUGAGUUCAAAACCGAGAUUGAACUUCUGUCAAGGGUUCAUCAUAAGAAUCUUGUCAGCCUUGUUGGUUUUUGUUUGGAUCAAGGGAAGUCAGGAUUCAGGUUGGAUUGGAUGAGGAGACUAAAAAUCGCACUUGGUGCAAUUAGAGGCUUGGCCUAUCUUCAUGAACUUGCUAACCCUCCUAUUAUACACAGGGACAUUAAGUCAACCAACAUUCUCCUCGAUGAACACUUAAAUGCAAAAGUUUCUGAUUUUGGAUUGUCUAAGCCUGUGGGUGAAGGAGAAAAGGGCCAUGUCAACACUCAAGAAAAGGGCCAUGCUUGCUUGCUUCACAUGACAAAGAAGUAGAAUUGUAAUUGAAAUACAUGCAUCAUUAUCGUAUUUACUUUACAUUAUUUACUGUGGAACAAAUAUCUGAUGAAUGAUCAAGUUUUCAACUUGUUAGAUUA